CACUAAGCAGCAUGGCAUAGCGUGUAUAUAUAAAAAAAACACCUUUAUCCGAAGCAGGACACCUAGAAAGAAGUCAAAGAAACGAAACCCAAGAUUAGGAUUAAAUGAAUCCAGAGCAUUGUGGGGUUUUGGCGGUUGGUUAGGGUUUAAUUUUAGAGAGAGAAAAUGAAAAAACAAAAGUGAUUCAUUCCAUCUCUCUUACGUUCUAUCCACCAGCAACCACGCCUUUCGUUUCCUUCCCUCUACAUUUCGUCUCCUCGCACUGUGUUGUCGGUCACGCACACUCUUCUAUCUACAGCUUACUGCAUUGAAGAUCUAUAUCUGGUUACGGAGAUCGGCAAAGCACUUGCUGUAGUUUAACGUAGAGGUGCAGGGAUGGAUAGGUGGGGUGUUCAUCAUCGACAGCCAUUCAUUGGUUGGCAUGGGGGAAAUGAGAGUUCUUUUCCUGAUGUUACUACCAAGGAAGAGGAAUCGGACAAUGACGAAGAAGACGUCAUUAUUAAAAAUGAACCUGUCUUUUUUCCAGAAUUUAAGAAAAGGAAGCGCCUCAGCCUCAGUCAGCUUAGAGAGGUGAAAGAGGAGUCAUGCGAGAAGCUUAGUCAGCUUAGAGAGGUGAAAGAGGAGUCUUGUGGAAAGAUUGGUCAGCUUAGAGAGGUGAAAGAGGAGUAUUAUGGGAAGGAAAGCGGUAGCAAGAGUAAGAGAAAGAAGAAUGAUAAUAAGGAAAGAUGGUCAAGCGAGAGGUACAAAUUGGCUGAGCAAAGCAUGUGGGAGGUAUUGAAGGCAGAGGGCGCGACUUUUGAAAGCCCAAUAACCCGAGCUGCACUAAGAUCAUCUGCCCGUAAAUUCAUUGGUGAUACUGGACUUCUAGACCACUUAUUGAAACACAUUGAUGGUAAAGUGGCACCUGGAGGGACUGAUCGGUUCCGAAGAUGGUUCAACACCGACGGAGUCAUGGAGUAUUGGUUGGAGAGUGCUGAUUUGGAUGGUGUCCGGCAGGAUGCUGGGGUGUAUGACCCCUACUGGAUACCACCAUCCACUGUUAGGGCAACCCCUGCCCCUUGCAAGGAUACUGAUUCUUCUGAUGAAUUGAAGCAACUUAAAAUGGAAAUGGCCCAAAUGAAGAAAGAUAUGCAGGAGCUCGUUGCCGAGAAGAAAAAGAAAAAUGAAAGUAACAUGAUGAAGGAGGCUUUCAAAGAACUUGUGAAGUGGAAAGCUAUAACUGACCAUCGCCUAACUGAAAUCAUGGCUUCCUUGAAGAAUUUGCAGGGCAAGUCUGGUGAAAUGGUGACUUGGAAAACCGAAGUGGAGCAACAUCUUAUGGACAUAACAAAUAAAUUGAAUGAACUUCAAGCACCAAGAGAAUGCACUACUUUUAGCCCUCCUUCAGAGAAAUGGAAAGAUUGGUUAGAAGCCACUAACCCAUGCAAUACCCAAGAGGAUGCAUUGGCAACUUGGAUCGGGAGUUCAGAACUACUUAAUGUUCCACAAGAGUGUUUACUUGAAUAUCCCUACACAGGCAUGCCAACUCAGCCACUCAAUGAAGAACCCACUAACAAGAAGAGUGAUGCGGAGGAGCUAAUGCCCACAAUGCAAGAUGAUCAACCCAAUGUCACCCCAGAUUCUUCUACAACUGUUAAUUCAAAGGCAGACAUUGACAACUCAUUGAUAAUGUUUCAGGAGAUGUUUAUGGAUUUAUUCAAAUGGAAAGAAAAGAUGGAGCAGCAGCUGCUGGAUGUAUCAAACACUGUAUAUGGCAUGCUAGCAAUGAAGUAGACUUUGCUCUGAGGUACCAGGCCUUAGGAUAGGAUUAUAACCCCAGCUUCUCUUCAAAAGUUUUUCUUUACUCUUUAAAAUGGUAGAGUUUAGAUAUCGUACAGCAUUAACAAUCUGAUACUGAAAAUCUUUGCCAACCACUAAGUUCAUGGAAGAGGUUGAACCUUGCCUACUUGUCGAGCUGCAAAUUGUUGAUAGGUUUGACUGGCCUUUUAUAGAGUAUAGUUUGUUCUAAUUUGAGAGGCAGGUCUUCGGAGGGUCUGAAAUUGGUUGUAUUAUUGACUUGUUGGUUAAGAUUACCAGUUCCUUUUAGUACAGGUCUUUAGGUAGGCUUUACCUGAAAUUUACAUAUUAGCUAGAAUUAUUUGAUGAGAAUUUGUACUUGACCUAUUGGGGGAACAAGUUGCCAUAUCUAUAUAUAGAAUUUCUGCAAUAUCAAAUAGCAUCUCGUGGAUUACAAAA